AGGAGCUGCCGUCUCCGGCGAUGAACCGCUAAGCAGACCUGCUGGGAGGGGGGGACAAGUGGUGGUGGUUGCAGGAUUUCUGUGCCUUCCCUGCCCUGGGAUGUAGACUGGGAAAGGGGAUCUGAGCCGUUGUGGAGCUUCCUCACUCCCUCUUCCAUUUUCUGCACUGGUGUCUGCGAGGGGGUGACGAUGGUGGAGAGGCCACCGCUGGAUCUCCCAGUGACUUUUUGCCAGGAGUUCCCGAAGCGCGUCCUGGUUUCCGUUAUCAAAACCACCUCGAUCAAACCGCUCUCCCGAGGGAAAGGUGAGGAGCCAGCACUCCCCCCGCCCGUCCCCAUCAGCCCUGGCUUCAGCGACUUCAUGGUUUACCCCUGGCGCUGGGGGAAGAAUGCCCACAACGUGACCUUUAGCUCGGGUGGCUCCGCCGCCCCUUCAUUCGCCCAACAGCCCCGUGGGGGGGCAGCCAGAGCCUGCAGCGGGGAAGAAGAGGAGGCGGGUAGCCCAGGCAGCAGUAGCAGCGGCAGCCACCUUAAGGAUGGGAUAAGACGUGGCCGACCAAGAGCAGACACAGUUCGUGACCUAAUAAAUGAAGGAGAGCAUUCUUCCAGCAGAAUACGUUGCAAUAUCUGCAACAGGGUGUUCCCACGAGAGAAAUCACUACAGGCACACAAACGAACUCAUACCGGUGAAAGACCUUAUUUGUGUGACUACCCAGACUGUGGGAAAGCCUUUGUUCAGAGUGGGCAACUCAAAACUCACCAGCGUCUUCACACAGGGGAAAAGCCUUUCGUCUGCUCAGAGAAUGGCUGUUUAAGCAGAUUCACACAUGCAAACCGUCAUUGCCCUGAACACCCAUACGCCCGGCUGAAAAGGGAAGAACUCACAGUCAGACUGAGUAAAAAACAGACAGCUGACAAUAAAGCUGCAGCUGAGUGGCUAGCAAAAUACUGGGAGACUAGAGAACAGCGUGCUCCCACUUUGAAAAGUAAAACAAUCCAGAAAAUGGAUCAGGAACAACAGGACCCUAUGGGAUAUCUUCAGUCUGAUGAAGAGGAUGAUGAAGAGAAAAAAGAGGAAAAUAGUGCUCAUUCAGCUGCUCACCGUCGCCUACAGGAGCAGCGUGAACGCAUGCAUGGUGCAUUGGCUCUUAUUGAGCUUGCAAACCUAGCUGUGGCACCACUGUGACAGUAGCAUAGAAAUGCAGUCUGCCUUUACAAAAUGGUGGUACUUGGUGGUCCUUAACCAGUUAGAUCCUAGGCAUACUCUAAGCACCUUAUUUACUUAUCAUAGGCUGCUGCUCUGUAGAAUUUAUGAAGAAUGUUGUCACCCCAUAAUACGGGAUGAGAGAGUUGCACUUUUUGUAAGGUAAAAGAUAAAUGUAAAGUAUCUUGUAAAUAUGGAACUGCAUAAUGCAGAGUGGAGAAACUUCAUGUUGUAGAAAGCUAGAUUUCUGCAAGGUUAACUCAUUUAUUUGAAACAGUUUUCACAGGAAGCACUUUCUGAGUACAGUGUUUGGGGUUAGCAGAAUGGUACACGUGGCCAAAGAAGGCUGAGAAAAGGAAAAGUAUUUAUCUCACUGUUUAAGCAAAACUAUAUUAAGUGGUAGAUCUGAAGAUACUGUAAGCAGCAAUGGAACCAAGUUUUCCAAUGUCAGUAUAUUUUUACCUAUUAUCACUAAGGCAGGAGGCAAAGCUUAGAUAUCUCAGCUCAUAGAGGGCAAGAAACUUCUUCAUGCUGGAAACUGUAAGAUAGUUCAGGAUCUUCACUGCAACUGCUCAAGAUAUGAGACAACUUUGCUAUUAUAUGCUUUUCAUUUGAUCUCAGCAGAAUCCCUUGGUUUGAGUAGCACUUGUUAUUCCUAAUGUAUGAUGUUAGGAACUUUUGCACAUUGUUGGAUUUAUCUGAAAAUGAUUAGUCUUGCAAAGUCUAUACAAAGGUAAACAAUUGGUAAUAUUUUUUAAUCUAUUUUUGGACCCUUUAAUGAUUUGGCACUUGCUUUUUUUAAUAAAAGGGGUAUUGA